GAAGGUUGGACCAUCACCCUGCCUGCCAUCUGGGGCUAUUCCUCUCCCAGGGACAACCUGCCACCGCCCCCCCCCCCUCCUGCCCGGGAUGUGACAGUGUGCCCAUGCUGUGCCAGCCUUGCUGUCUGCUCACAUUCCCUGCACUGGGGAUAGCUGUCUGACUGCACGCACAGAGCUCCUUCCAAUGAGGGUUCACUGCCCACCCCUUCUUCCCAGGGAGACUGAAGACCCCACACCACCGUAGUGCUCCCCCCGACCCCCCAAUGACAGCAUCAGGAUCUCCUUCCGUCUCAGCCACAAUAAUACUGCAUCAUCUCCCCAGAACCAGCACUGGAGAGGAAGGAUCGGGGAGGGGCAGCACAAACCGCAAUACUAUCUAUGCAUCAUUUAGUGUAUGAAUUGACUCAGUAGGAGCAGGUCUGAGGAAGGGCAGCUAUUGACAUGCAGUGUCCUUAAAUAAUCAGUGCAGUAAGUUUGACAUACAUCUGCAUCAUUCAUUACCCCUCCUGCCAGUGCCAGGCCUUUUUUUCAUGUAAACAUAGACUUGUUAUAACCAUCUGCUUGUGAAUAUUUCCCUUUUUCAAGGCACCAAAGCACCAGCAAGACUUCACUUUAGCUGCUCAUACAGGACGGUGCCAGAGAUGGAGGCAGAGCAGAAGGUCCAAAUUAUAGGACUGUCCCCUUCCUUGGGUUACCUGGAUCUUUUGCAGUUGAGUGGAGAAAGAUUCCUUAAUGCCCUGCGAGAAUGCAAGGACUGUGGCUUGGGGUUAUCCUGGAGUACACUGUGUGUACAUGCCAGUAUCACAUGGACAGAAAUACUGUACCUGUUACUGUGUACCCUAACAUGGACUUACCUACGAAAGGCAUUCACAACUUGGAUUUUCCAGCCAUUUGCAGAGUGGUGCCAGCUGCAGCCCAGAGAAGCUGAUAAAUUUCCUGAGAGUGCCUGGAAACUGUUCUUCUAUUCCUUCAGUUGGUCCUACAGUGUCUACCUCUUGUUCUUCACUGAAUACACCUUCUUCCAUGACCCCUCUUCUGCCUUUCAUGGCUGGAAGUCCGGAGUGGAGGUCCCUGGAGAUAUAGCUUUAGCUUGUCUCAUCCAAGGUAGUUAUUAUGCGCACUCUAUAUACGCCACCCUCUAUAUGGAUGCAUGGAGGAAGGACUCUAUUGUCAUGAUAUUACAUCAUAUAGUCGCGGUCACACUGAUCACUUGUUCGUAUGCUUUCAGAUAUCACAACAUUGCGAUCCUAGUCUUGUUUCUACAUGACAUUAACGACAUUCAAUUAGAAUUCACGAAAAUCAAUGUCUACUUCAAGACGCGAGGUGGCAAAUAUCACAGAGUGAAUGACAUCCUUUCAGAUAUUGGCUGUGUUGUCUUUAGUUGUAGUUGGUUCUGGUUCAGACUCUACUGGUUUCCCCCAAAAGUUCUUUUUGCCACCUGCUAUUCCAGCCUUGAAAUGCAUCCCAACCUCCCUUUGUAUUUUCUUUUCAAUAUUUUGCUAUUUGUAUUGAUAGCAAUGAAUAUAUACUGGUUUAUGUACAUCGUCAUUUUUGUUGGGAAGGUCCUCACGGGACAUAUUCAGGAAGUGAAUGAUGUGAGAGACUAUGAAAUUGAUGCUGAUGGUCAGAAUGCUGGGAUUCCAGUUAACAGCAGGAAAUCUGAACACAAAGAAAUUUUGAGAAACGGGCAAUCCUUGACAAAUGGAUAUAUGAAGAAAAAGCGAACAUAGUCUUGCGGACAGACUGACACCUCCUCGUUAUAAAAUAUCAUCCAGGCAAAUUCUCUUUCAUAGCACCCUGAACUUUGUCAGUAAUGUAUCAUGACAACGGUGAAGAAAAUAAUUUUCAUUUGAUCACUUUUCAUGAUAAACCUUUGGAUUACUAGACCAUUCUACAGCAUUUUAUUUCUUUAAUGUGCUACCUCUCUUGCAAAAAUCUCUAUAAUACAAAACUGCCAGCUAAUAUAUAAUGGUUGUAGAUAAAUACAGUGAUAUAUUUCUUAAGAGUAACAAAGAACGACAAUUCUUGCCCCAGCCUGGUUGGUUGUUGAUUUUUACAGAGUAAACUAGGUCAGAACUGGGAAUAACAAAAAUAUUGGGGGGAAAAAUUGAAAAAUUUGAUCUUGAUUAAUGUUGAAGCUUUGGCAAUGACAACAUGUACAUUAUGAGAUGGAACUGCACUAGAUCCCCCAAAUAAUCUGAGUCUGGGUGCAACCAGGCCGGCUCCAGUGCCAAGAGACCAGUAGAUUAGUAUAAAAAUAGAGAGGUCCAGGCACUCCAAAUAUCAGUGAAAUAGGCAGCUUAUUGAACUCUCAGCCAAAGCAACGUUUCGACCAAACUGGCAAAGAUCAGUUGUUUUGGCUGCGAGUUCAAUAAACUGCCUGUUUCACUGAUAUCUGGAGUGCCUGGACCUCUCUAUUUUUGUUCUAACAUGUACAUUAGUCUCCUAUCAAGCACCUCCGAUUUACAAGUAACAAAAGGAGAGACGGAACUCGUAAAGUUUUCGCCUAAGCCCAAUUGGUGGAUAUAAUAUAUAAAAAAGUGUCUAAUUAAAUGUAUUUGUUACAUAAGCACACUGUAUAAGGAUUAUACAGACCUGUGAUACAGUGUUGUGGUGCUUUGAAAACCAACUUGUAAAAUGAAGUUUUAAAAAAAUGCACAAGAAAAAGAAAAUACCACAUUCUCUCACUUACGGAUUGUAUACCACCUUACUAAUCUUGCCUACAUUUAGCAAGUUGGCUUUCAGAUCACCACAAUUUCCUUUCUAGUAAUUCAAGAUCUUGCUCAUCAAGGAAUUGUAAUGACAAGGUCAACUCCAAGAACGAAUGCAUAUUGUGCAGUAAGAGCACUGCUGAUCUUUGGUACACUUGGGAAGGCAUCAUAGGGAACCACAAUGGAAUAAAAUGUUAUAGAGGUUAAACUGGCUGUUUUACCUCUACGAUGUUGUAAAAAGAUUUUACCCACUGUGAACAUGACUGGUUCCUUGAAAACACUUCCACUUGCAUAUGUAUCUGUUACUAGUACCAUUCGGUGCUACAGAAACAGGUCUACUUCAGUUGGAGUGGUUGUGAUUAUCUGGCCCUUAGCCCUUACAGUAUUAGAGACAAUGGCACAUACAGGUCACUAACAUUAAUAUUCAGUCCUUGUUUGAUCUUUUCAUGUUUACAGAUAUAAUGCCUGCCGCCAUUUGUUAAUCUUAACAAUUGUUAAUAAGUAUAUUAAUUUAUUUGCUAGCAAAUCAGCAACAGAUCAGACCCCUACUAGUCAUAAUCACUGAUGCUAUGUGACUCAGCCUGAGCACUACCAAUGAACUGAUUCUUUAUUAUCACUUAUUUAUUUGUAUAUUAUACAAUAAUGUGUUUGUUUUGUUGUUAACACAACCUUAAUAAAAUGCAAAUGCUAUUUUAUAUGUUGUCUAAUCUGAAAUUUCAGUAAGGUAAUUUCACAAUUGUUAACCAUUGCCAUAUUGUGAUUGCAAGUGAAUGAAACCUCAAAUCUAAUUAGAACAAUGUGUUUAAUUGCAAAUUCAUCUGUUGACUAGGAAUGUAGGAUAUCAGAGCUGAAGGCAGUGAAUUGUGAGUGUGUGUUAAAUUUAUAGAAAAGUGAAUGGAUGUGUUGCAGUGAUAGGCAGGUUUGAAAGUGACACAACCACAAAGGACUUGUACAGCAAGGAUUGUUAGGGUUAUUCAGCAAACAUUGAAUUUUGUUGACUGGAUUUGUAACCCUUUGUUACUAAAGCCAAAUAUGCUGGACAUAUCUGGUUUAAUAGCAGUCAUUUUCGUAUGUGAAUCCUACAUAAAGUACAAAUACUGAGUGUUAAAACAGAUCUUGAAUAGAAACAGGCACAUACAGUAUCUCACAAAAGUGAGUACACCCCUCACAUUUUUGUAAAUAUUUUAUUAUAUCUUUUCAUGUGACUACACUG